AUGUUGGCGAGGUCCAUAACGUUCUCUUUGGCCUAUGCCGGUUUCACGGCGGCACAGAGCACCACACUCGCAUUUUCCGUCCCACCUGCUGCUGAGACUCUCGCUACCUAUGUCACGCCUGCCAACCUCGCUCUUUUUGGAGUGGAAGCCGUACAGCUGACUGACGAUGUUAUCUCCUCGAUGCAACAGAGCGCAGAGCUUGCUGAGUAUGCUUCCCUCUUCGAGUUUGAGGACAGCUCCAAUUCAAGCUUAUCUACGCGUACUCGCCGUGCGCGACGAUCACUCCGAUGCAAGACGAUGCCUGGCGAUCUUCUGUAUCCAGGAAAGCUUUUGUGGGGGGUGUUCGACCUCCUACUCGGUGGUGCUUUAGAGAAGAUCGUACCUAUUGGCUCUUCUUGCUACAAGACGUCCGAGUACAACAACUACGACGCCGCAAAGUGCGCAGACCUCGUCGAGAAUUUCGAUUCGGAGGAGAUUUACUACAACGACAAUGGUGCGCUGAUGAAUCCCCUGUGGUAUGGAAUGACAUGCCCCAUUCCUACUACAGGCAAUUUCGCCAAUGGCACUUGCACCCAGGGAGGAUACUCGGAAUACGCAGUGAAAGUUAGCAGCGUUGCGCAGGUUCAGCUGGCUGUCAACUUUGCUCGUACCCUGAACCUUCGCUUGGUUGUGCGCAACACUGGACAUGAUUAUAACGGUCGCUCGGUUGGCAAGGGGGCGCUCAGCAUCUGGACUCAUGGCCUCAAGGAGAUCAAGUAUGUCAAAGACUACAAAAGCUCCACGUACAACGGACCAGUCUUCAAAGUCGGCGCGGGCGUUCAAGGCUUCGAGCUCUAUGAGGCUGCCGAUAAGUAUGGUGUCUCCGCCAUCGCCGGUAUCUGUCCGACCGUCGGUGUAACUGGUGGCUACUCCACGGGCGGUGGCCACAGUCCCCUGAUGCAGUUGUUUGGUGUCGGCUCAGAUCAGAUCAUCGCUCUCGAAGUUGUCCUUGCCAGCGGCCGGUUCGUUACCGUUACUCCAGAGAUCAACGGAGAUCUGUAUUGGGCUAUGCUUGGCGGCGGUGGCGGUACCUACGGCGUGAUCACCUCUGCUGUAGUGAAGGUCCAUCGCAAGGUUCCAGUCACUCAGUCCUCCUGGACCAUCAUGACAUCCGAAACUGUUACUGCCGAAAAGUUCUGGGAGGCGUUUAGGUUCUUCUUCGACAACAUGCCCGCCUACAACCGCGCGAAAACAUACUCUUACUUCUCGCUCAUGAAGCUCGCACCAGGCACGUACAUGUGGUCGAUGGGUCCUUUCUUUGCCACGGACAAGACUGUCGAGGAGUACGAGGCUCUUAUCAAGCCCUUUUACGAAAAGUGCGCCUCACUUGGUAUUGAGCUCAAUCCCAAGACAACCUACCACGACAGCUUCUACCCUGCCUACAAGGCCACAUUCGGUACAUUCAACUAUCACAUUGGUGCCGCUACCGGUAUUGCGUCGAACCGUUUGUUGACAUCCGACAAUUGGGAGAACGCUGAGAUACGCAACCAAACGAUGGUCGCCAUCCAGCACGUCGUCGAGACCGCCGUCAUGAUCAACAUGUACCAUCAGCGCCCCGUCGAACAGGACAACAAGGACAUCAACUCCGUCAAUCCAGCGUUCCGAAACGAAGAGAGCCAGAUGGUCAUCAUCAAUUCGGUCGCUGAGGAAACCGCCGCGGGAUGGCAGGCGGCCGUCGAAAAGAUCACCACUCAGGUCAUGGCUCCUCUUCGUGAAGUGUCGCCCACUGGCGGCGCGUAUGGAAAUGAGGCCGACAUCGCCGAGCCCAACUGGCAGCAAUCUUUCUGGGGCUCAAAUUACCCGAGGCUCCAGCAGAUCAAAAAGAAGUAUGACCCUGACAUGCUCUUCUACGUGCACCACGGGGUUGGUACUGAGGGCUGGGCCAUCGAUGAUAAUGGUAUCAUCGGCGCCGGUGUCCAAUCGACGGACGGUCCAUUGUGUCGCGUAUAG